UGUGACGGGCCAGACGGCCUCCGCUGAGUGUAGCAGCUCGGGGCGUUCGAAAGGGCCCGGCGCGCGGGGCUGGGAGCGGCGGCGGCACCCGGAGCAGAGCGGCGGCGAUGGCUGAUUACUGGAAAUCACAGCCAAAGAAAUUCUGUGGUUACUGCAAGUGCUGGAUAGCAGACAACAAGCCUAGCAUUGAAUUUCAUGAAAGGGGAAAGAACCAUAAGGAAAAUGUGGCAAAGAAAAUUAGUGAGAUUAAAAAGAAAAGUAUGGAAAAGGCAAAAGAAGAAGAAAAAAUGUCAAAGGAAUUCGCAGCAAUGGAGGAAGCUGCACUGAAAGCAUAUCAAGAGGAUCUGAAAAGGCUUGGAGUUAAGUCAGAUUCUAUAGGUCCCAGUUCAACACAAAGUAAACAGGAGGAAAAGAAAGAAAAGAAGGAAAAGAAAAAAAAGAGAAAAGACACCUCAGAAGCGUCAUCAGAUGAAACAAAGGAAUGGGUGCAAGGACUUUCCCCUGAGGGUUACAUGUAUUACUACAAUACUGUAACCGGAGAAUCACAGUGGGAGAAACCUGAAGGAUUUCGAGACAACUCUCGAAACUCACAAAUGACAGGAGUAUGGGUGGAAGGAGUCAGUGAAGAUGGUCAGACCUACUAUUAUAAUACAGAGACAGGAGUAUCAACGUGGGAGAAGCCUCAUGGUUUUGUUUCAUCUUCGUAUGAGAGCAAUAAAGAUGACAAUCAUCCUGAAGAACACACCACAGCGGAUUCAAAGGGAUCUGAAUCAGAUGCUGAGAAGGAUGGUAAUAAAAGUGAAGUACAAAAGCCAGAAACAAACUUAAAGAUGAAAAGAGACAGCGAUGAAGAAACAGAGGAAGAGAAGCCCCCCAAAGUUAAAAAGAUAAGCCCUUAUGGAGAGUGGCAGGAAGUUAAACAAGAAACUGAUGUUGCUCAGGAUGAGGCCCCAUCAGUUCCACAAGUUACCUCCCACAAUGUAUCUAAAAAGACAAACCCUUAUGGAAACUGGGAGACAGUUACAGAAAAGGAAGAUCCAUAUGAAAAAGUGGACUUAGAGCUUCCCAGUACAGAGAGUGACUAUCUCCCUCUGCCAGUGCUCCAGGUUCCAGAGGAUGCAAAAAUGAUAUUUAAAGAAAAAACAGUCACCUCCCUUGGAGACCUGACAGAAGAGGUGCCGAUCUUCAAAAAGAGAAAAUUUGAAAAUGGAAAAUCUAGAAAUUUACGACAAAGACCAACUGAUCAGUAAUAAAUUAACAAAGCAUUUUAGAUGCUGUUUAAACGAGAGAGGGUGAAAAGUUACUAUUUUAAACAAGCUUUUUUUAAAGAAAAUGUUGGUUAGAAAUUAAGAAUUUAUAGUUAUUCAAAAAUGUAUUGAAUGUGGAUUGUAAUAAAUUUUUUAUUUUUAUGUUAAUGUGAUUAUAUUUUGUUUUCUGAAUGGAUAAUUGCACAAUUUAUGCAGUGUUGUAAAUACAUUUAUUUUUUAUUUUAAGCCUAUCUGAUUUCAGUUUGCUCAAUGUGUGCUACUUAAAAUACAAUAUAAUAUAUAAGAUUUUGACUACUCUCCUAGGUAUAUGGGAAUACAUCAAUGCAUAACUUGGAAAAAUAUGGUACAGAGCAUGUGUGUGAACACAAGGAGUGGAUAAGCGGCAGUCCACAGGUACCCAUGUACUAGAAAGUAGAAUUAAGACCCAAUAUGAUAUAAGCAGAGUGGUCUUCCAGCAAAUAAGCUUUGAUUUAAUAGUUACAAAAUUGAAGGUGAUGCAAGUGCAAACCAGUCCACGUAUAAUUUGAGAUUUUCAAAGCCAAGGUAGGGGAGUGAGCCACACAGAUCCCAUUUAUGACAAAAGCGAGUUUUGAAACUUUUGAAAAUCUCAGCCAAGUGUUCUAACUUAGAUUCAUGGAAAGCAAGACUGUACAUACAUGAUAAAUAUAUUGCAAGUAUACAGAGA